AUGGAGGUCGACUCGGCGGACAAAUCGUACAUUCGGGAGCUUGUCAAGAGAUUGAAUGCGAUUGUCGAUACUCCAGGUGAAUUGAGCGAAUCUAGCAUGAAUUCAGUACUCGAAUUAUCCAAGGUCUUGAUGAAUGCGGCCGACAAAUCAGUCGAAGCCGGUUGUGAUCCGGCAAUGGCGCUGCAGCACAACCUUGUCGCCUGCCUGAAGAUAGCAACAGAUCUGAAGAUUUUCGAUACUCUUACCGCGCAGAGUGGCAAAUCCUGGACAGCGGCACAACUGGGCAAGCCGUUGAAUGCUGAUUCCCAACUCAUCGUACGAAUCAUGAGGGUAAUGACGGCGGCUGGCUUCGCCAAAGAGACUGGAAUAUCCACAUACGCCUCUACACCCAAGAGUGAGAUAAUGACGAGACCUCAGAGUACAAGGGGUCUCUCGCAUGCCUUCAGCACAAACAUCCAGAUCUCACAAAAAUCUCCAGAGUUCUUCCGGAGGAUUGGAUAUAGAAGCACGACGAUGUCGGAACAGACACCGUUUCAGUACGCUUAUGAUACCGAGGAUACCUAUUACGAGAGGAUGGAGAAGAAGCCAGAAAUAGCGCAGAAUUUCAGUGGUGGAGUAAGAGCGACACGUGGGACUUGGCUGGAAUGGUUUCCUGUCCAAAAAGAACUACUUGAGGGCGCCAGGGACGAUCCUAAUGCUGUACUCAUGGUAGACCUGGGUGGUGGUCGAGGCAGGGACCUCGCAGCCUUCAAAGCUCAAUUCCCCGAUGCUCCGGGCAGAUUUGUUCUGGAGGACCAACAACAUACCUUGGACAGCACGGAUGUGCAGGGAAUCGAAAAACUAAGCCACGACUUCUUCACUGCCCAGCCCGUGAAGGGUGCACGGUUUUACCACACCCACUACAUCUUGCACAACUGGGAUGACGAGAAGUCCAUUCUGAUCCUCAAGCAAAUUGCAUCGGCGAUGACCAAGGGGUAUUCGAAGGUGAUUUUGAAUGAGUGGAUACUUCCAGAUAUGGGAUGUAGUUUGUAUGAAGGAUUGAUAGACAUCCAGAUGUUGAUGGCCUUUACAGGCAUGGAGCGAACCAGAGGCCAAUGGCAGUCAAUUAUAGAGGCAGCCGGAUUGAAAUUGACUAAAUUCUGGAUGCCGCCAGGAUAUGGGGAAGGGAUCAUUGAAGCGUCUUUGUAG